AUGGCAAGUCAAGCGAACAAACAAGUUGAUCGACUACAAGCUCAAUGGUAUUGGAAAUCGAAUUUCGAUCCAUGGUCGGUGAAUGAAAAAGAGGAAUGGACAAAGUAUACUGAUAUCGAAUCAGAAAUUAUUGAAGACGUCUUUAAUGAAAAAAGUGAAACAAAACUGGCUGAAUUGGACAAUUAUUGGAUCGAUCUAAACGGUUCCAUUCAAAUCAGUAAACAUGAUCCAGAUAAACAGCGGUCAAUAAAGCGAGUUUUGAUUAAUAUACAUGAAAACAGAGGCUUAAGAGAAGAAAGAUUUUUUCUUCCACAACAACUGAAUAAGACGUUUAGCGACGAUUUUGGUACAACGGCCAUAAAUUUCAUUAAACAGUGGAAAGAGAAAGCUAAACAGCUUCCUGGAGCCGAAAUAGUGGACCAAGCAGCGAACGGAAUAAUUAUCGAAGGAAAGCGACUAGGCCAACAUUCCGAAUCAGAAUGGAUUGCCCGACAAUUGAAAACCGUGCAAAAUGAGGAGCCAAAAGAAAUUUACAAGUGUUGUAUUAGGCUAUACACAAAAGAAUCUUUCUUAUACAAACUAGUGAACAAAACAAUGAGAGAAAAUGAUACGACCAAAGCAGAUACUCUCGCUCCAUUCUGCAGUCUUUUAUUAGAAGCUUGGCUACAAAAUACUCAGCACUAUAAAGCCAAAGUCUAUCGAGGCGCACACAUGCUCUCAGAAAAUAUCGCAUCUUAUCAGGCAUCAAUUGGGCAAUACGGAUCCUGGGAUGCAUUUACUUCAACAAGUAAAAGCCGUCAGGAAGCUGAACGAUUUGGAAAUACCCUAUUCAUUAUUGACGCCAAAAACUUCGGAGGCAUAGAACUAUCAGUAUGCUCAGAUUAUCCACACGAAGAAGAAGUCUUACUUCCUCCAGGAACCUCAUUCAAAAUCAGAGAUGUCGUAUAUGACAGUCAAACCGAAAAAACUAACAUCUACCUAAAAACAUGUACCGAUUGCUCAUUUCUUGCACGAUCAACCGAUACCAUGUGCCCGGACUCUUCCUCAUGA